AUGAGGUUGAUUGACUUUGGAAGUGAAGGGAUACCAUCAUUUAAUCUUGAUGAUAAAGCAGACCAUGGAUUAGUAAUAAUGUUUCAGCCACUUGCAGAUUCUUAUUCCCAACCAGUAGCAGUGUUUGCUUCCAAGGGGCCUGUAUCAGGAGAAGUACUUGCGCAACUAGUAAUUAAGGCUAUUGCAUUAUUAGAAAAUAUCAAUGUUAAAGUCGGUAUAAUUACUGACGGUGCUGCAACUAAUAGAAAAUUUUGGAAUAUUCUCAAUCCUGAUGAAAAACAUAUCAAAUGGGAUUAUUUCCGAAUAUUACAUAAUAAAGAUAAAUCGCUACCAGCUCUAAUGCGAAUAUGUCCAAAAAUAACAACCAAUCAUUUAAUACUUACUAACGCAGCUAAAAUGAGAGUUUGUCUAGCUACUCAAGUUUUUAGUAAAUCGAUGUCUCAUGGAUUGAGAUUUUAUAAAAAUUUCUUACCUGAAUUACAAGAAUGUGAUAACACUGCAAACUUUUGUGAAUGGAUAAAUAACUUAUUUGAUGCACUAAAUCGAAAUAAAGUUUCUGAAGGUUUGACUGUUGAAAAUACGGACUACAAAAUUUUAAAGACAUCUCUUGAAAAAUUAGAUGCUUGGGAGCAACAUGUCCUUGAUGGUACUAUUAAAGAGGACAAUUUUUUAACAAACUGCUGAAGGUCUUCGCGUGACGAUAAAAUCAACAUUAGAUAUAGUAAAAUAUUUAACGACAAAUGCUGGUUUUCCCUUUGUUUUAACAGGCCGCUUGAAUCAAGAUUCACUCGAGGUUUGAUAACAAAGCUCAUAUUUCAGUAAUCAUAAUGUUACAUGUAACAUAUAUAUGUUAGUUAAAAUUUCCUACUUAACAUGUAAAUGUUAUAUAACACACAUGUUACAUAAUAGCUACUUGUUGCUACUUGUAGCUAAUUGUUGAGUAGGAAAUUUUAAUUAACAUGUACGUUGCAUGUAACAUCGUAUUUGCUGGAAUGUGUCUCCAGGUAACAGAAUGACAUCUAAAGACGUCUUAAUGAUGUAUUAUUGACAUUAAAGGCGUCAUUAAUAAAUUAUUAAUGUCACUUGAUGUCAUUUUGUUGACUGGAUAUAUAUAUGUCUAUAUAUGCAAACAUUUAAUUAUGAAAGACACAUGUAUAUAUAUAUAUAUACCCAAUCCUAACAUUAUUUACAUACUUGGAACAUCUUUGGAUCGUCCCUUGCACUGUUAGAACAGUACAUAAAAACAUUAGAUCAUCUUAAAAUAUUGAUUAUA